AGUCUCAAACAGACAAAGGAGUCAAACUUUGCUACAUCUCUCUCUCUCUCUCAACGGCUACUUCGUUUUCCCUUCACUGAAAGAUGGAUCUCCGUAGCAACGAUGGCGGCAAUAUCAACAGCACCGAUAUGUGGCAAUGGCAGCAAGAAGGAGAAUGUUGCCUGCCAACAUAUUCCCAAUUUGCUUUACCUCUAUGGGAUGAUACGAUGGGAAAUCAAACUCCACUUCGAGGAUUUGGUGAUUUCGACUUAGACGAAUUGGAUUUUGGUGAUGAGGCCGAGAAGGGCGUGGAGGAAGCAAACGAGGCAUCAAGAGUGAAAAGGCGUCGUGUUCUAAAUUUUUUUUCUGAUGAUGAUGGUGCCACAGCCGUCAAUGAGCAUUUGUCCUCUGAAGUUCGGGAGGACUCGACAUCGGCAAAAAUUUGCACACAAAAUUCACAGUCGAAUCUCACGUGUUCAGAUGAUAGAUUUCUUUUCAGUAAUGAAGUCUUGGAUCCAUCCUCAGAUGAAUGGAUGGAGAACUAUUUCAAUGAUAGUGAGAUGUCUUCCAGUAUGAACGAUCAAGUCAAACUCAAUAGUCAAAUUGAUGUUUCAGAUUUUCUCACUGGAGAACCUGAUAAAAAGACUAAGGUCCUGCCGAACCCCCCUAAACCAUCUACUCUUAGGAUAUUCAAAGGCAGAAAAUCUCAUAUCAGCUCUCUGACAAAGUUAACUACCUCUGUUGCUUAUCCUUUUACCCUCGUCAAACCAUUACAAAUUCAAGGACACGUGACUUUGAAGGACAUAAAUCAACGGAUUCAUUCUCAACCAUCAUCAAGACCUAGAAAUGAGGAGGUUGAUGAUCCUUCAAUCAGUUACCCAACCUCAGCUUUUUCUGGGAAGCCUGUUAUUGGGAAGACUAAGAUUCUCACUGAAGGGGGAAAAGGAAGCAUUACUAUUCUAAGAACCAAAGGCUGAGUAGAUAGCUUCCCUUCUGCAACAUUGGUGCUCAUUUCAGUGAGACAUUAAAACGUUCCUAACAUAAAAGGCUGGCCAUAUAAGUUUAAACUGAGAAAUUUGUGCUGGUGGAAUCUUUUGGAUUCUAUUUUAGUUUUAUUGAUUCAUUGGUGGUGCUACUCUUGUAUUGUAGCUCCAGAGAGAAACUAUUCUGAUGUGUUUUGGCACUAACUUGCCUUUUCAUCCCAAUCAAACAUAUGCUCUUGUUAAGUUCUUAUUAAA